AGCACCAGUCGCUUGAAUUGGGCCGAUCGAUACGAACGCGUUACGGAUAGCACGGAAAUUUGAUAAACAAACGCUAAAGUAUUUAAUACGCCAGAGUUUACAAGGCAAACCGCGCGCGAUAAUUAUUUUACGCAUACACAGAUAUGUUUUUAUUCGCCACUGUCUUUGGCGGUAUUGCCGCUCUGCUGCUCUUCCUGGCGCUGAUCAUUGUGGUGCUGCGCUUGAAAUCAAAACUAAUCUUCGGUAUUUACCCCUCGAAGGGACUCUUCUAUCAACUCAAGUAUGUCAUUGCACUGCUGCUAGUAAAGCGUCUACGUCAUCGCGUUUAUCACACAAAGGACGAUCUGAAAUCGCCCAUAUUUCUGUCGCAAAUCGAUCGUCCACAAACGCUAGGCGAUAAUCCACAAAGCUACGAUGUAGUCUCCUUCAUGGGCGCCAAUGAGCAGGGUGAGAAGGUAUUUGUGUCCUUGGAGCGCCGCCGGCGUGGUGUGCUGAAAGCCUGUCUCUAUCUCUAUCUACCCGAGCAAGGCUUGUACUGCACACCCAAAUUGCCCGACAUGCUGCACUUCACGACAGAUGGCACAGAGGAGAACGAUGAGUUCAAAGGUUGCGGCUUCCAUAUUUACCCCGAAGAAUCGAUGCGUCAAUGGCGCGUACGCUACGAAGGCGAGCUGCGUCCAGCAUCGGAUGAGCGUAAGCGUUUGCCAGUGAAGCUAAACCUGCAAUUCACAACGCAAGCACCAUUCUUUCACUACAAUCGCGAUUUGAGCUCUGCCGUUAUAGCCGAUUCGGUGGCACGCGAGGCUUGGAAUGACGCUUUCUAUAAUCUGCUCAAGAAUGUGCCACAAAUGGUUGAAAAGCGCAUACAUUACGAGCAAUGUGGCCAGCUGGUGGGUGAGCUGCACUUGGCUGGACGUGGCUCUCAGCUGCAGCUGAUCGGUUUUCGCGAUCACAGUUUCGGCACCGAACGUUGUCUAGAGCACAUCAAUCGUUACGUUUAUGUGGCGAUUUUCCUUGCCGAUGGCACGAGCAUGGUUGUGGGCAAUCUCAGCCAACCAUCCUUCUUCCUCUCAUCGCUCAAAGUCGGCUAUGUGUGCACGACGAAAGGCGUUUACGAACCAAUAACGAGUUGUAAUUUUGAGCUCUACACUUAUGGCGAGAAGGGCACUCCACCGCGUAAUAAGAAUUUCAUUGUGAAAACCGCUAAGGCGAAGUACUUCGUGCAGAUCGAGGAACAGCAAUCGACGGUGCGUUAUGUAGGUGCCGAAUGGGCAUCGAAGGUCUACAAUCAAUUUGUGAAGUGCACCGUGAAUGGCAUAAAGGGACAAGGAAUUACUGAGUAUUUAUAUAAGAAUAAGAACAGCGAACGGCCGGAAGCGGUGAGCGCAACAGAUCCGGAGUGGUUUAGGCGCGUGAAGAGCUUUGAAAGGAGUUUAAGCAGAGGCGAGGUGGAAGAUGAAGACGAGGUGUUCUUCUUUUGAGCCAUGCUAAGCGAAAUUGGAGCUGUAUUGGAAGGCACGCGAAUGUAAAAUAGAGUUUAAGGAGUUUUUAAUAUAAGCAAGUGAGGAAACUGGAGAAGAAUGAAAGUGCAAGAAAAAAUGAAAAACUUGGAAUUUUAGUUGUACUUUAAAAAUUUACACAAGGACUGAACAUAUUUUUAAAUAUUCUUGUAAAUAAAUUAGUGCAUAGUUUUUGGUGCGAGCUGUUAUUUAUUAUCAAAUUUUAUUUAAAAAUACUUUUACGUACACAAAAUAAAAAAAAAAUAAUCA